CAAUUAAUUAAUUAAUUCACCAUCACUCCCCACGUAUAUAUACACGCUCCCCCACCACCUUUGUCUUUUACCAUUAUAAUGUUUCCUUGAAAUCAUACCAAACCCAAACCCAAACCCACGCAAGGGACACGCACGAUUCUCUAUAAAUAUAUAUAUGGAGAGAGAGAAAGCGGUUGUGCUAACCCUUCUUCUCGUUCAACAAUUGUCAAGCCCAUGUUUUCACCCAAACCCAUUUCGAUUCUCUUCUUGUUUUGGUAAGAAACGGUGAGAAAAUCCUGUUAAGUUGUGACAAUUGCAUACGUGAUGGCCAUACAAGCGCAGUUGUGUUCGGAUAAUUUUGGGUUUUCUUUGGGAGGGCCAACGAAUUGGAUGGACAGUGGUUAUGGAUUCAAUGAGUCGUGUUUCAAUCUUCCGCAGAGACAGAAUUUGUUGCAGAAAACACAAAAUCCUUGUUUUCAAGACGGUGGGUUGAUUUCCGAUCACAAGAACGAUCAAGAUUUGGGUUUUUCUAUGAACGUAUUGGCGCAGAUUGAGAUGCAGAGACUAGAGGUUGAUCGGUUCAUCUGUCUACAGAAUGAGAGAUUGAAAUUGGCUUUGCAAGAGCAGAGAAAACAGCAAAUCUUGUUGCUCCUGAGGAAAUUCGAAGCAAAAGCAGAGUACUUACUGAAACAGAAAGACGAAGAGAUUUCCAAAGCCAUGAACAGAACAGGGGAGCUCGAACAGUUCUUGAGAACGAUAGAGAUCGAGAGCCAGAAUUGGCAGAGACUGGCCAACGAAAACGAAGCCUUGGUUUCAAGCCUCAACAAUUCAAUCGAACGGCUCAAAGAAAACCAGUGUUUCACCAAUUGGGUUGAAGAUGCAGAGUCCUGCUGCGAUGAGGAAACAGGGGAAAACAGGGGAGGAGAAAAUGAAGAACAGAACGCGAGGAAGAUGCUGUGCAAAUGCUGCAAUUCUCGAAAUUCGUGUGUUGUUUUUCUACCCUGUAGACAUCUUUGUUCGUGCAGAUCUUGCCAAGGUUUCUUGAUUUCUUGCCCUGUUUGUGGGGUGGUGAAGAAGGCCAGCAUUGAGGCUGUGAUGUGAUUUUCUUGGGAAAUAUUGUUUUUUUUUUUUUUUUCCUGGAAAAGAAGAAAAAAUUGGUGGAUUUGGUCGAAGUGAGGGUAAAUGAACAGAAACCCAGUUGGUCAUUUCCUUUUUUUUCCCCUUUUUUUUUUUUUUUUCACUGUUGUCCCUUUUUGGGGUGUCUGUGUUCAGAUUGGAUUUGUACUUUUUAACCAACAACCCCCACUAAUGAAUUGAACAGAUUUUACUGAAGAAAA